AUGAAGUUGGAUCAAGGAGGCAGGAGCAUAACAAAUCAUGAUCGUAAUGACUUAGAACUAAACUUGGAGCCCUUUGUGGUGGAUGAUCAACAUAAAGACGAAAACUGUCAGCAGAUUGACGAUCAACAUCAAUCAUCGAGUUCUGUAGAUGUUCUAUUGGACAUGGAUGCAUCUCAUCAGCCAGAACAGGUGGAAGUUUCCUCAUCAAAUUCUAAUGGAAGAUCCCAUGAAAACACUCAGGAGGAAGAAUUUAGAGUUUCAACACACCAACACACAUAA